UGCAUAAGCAUCAGAGCUAUUGAUAUUGUUGUGGGGGACGAUGAAGCUUAGAAAUCUGGAUCAUCAGUUUCAUACAUUUCUCCUUUAAGUUCCAAGUUUUGUUUUCUUUUGUAACAAUAAACUUUGUAGAAUAUAAACAUUUCAAUCUAAACGGACUAAAGACAAGUUUUAAAGGGGGGGUUGUGUGUGCAGGUCAGAGCUGGCAGCGAGGGGUUAAUGGUGUAACAUUCCUGCACUUUGGGAGGAGAGAAGCGUUCUCUGCCACGUCCUCCACACUUCCUGCAGCCGCCCCCUCCUCCCAGCGCUCCGUCCUGCUCUCCCUGUGCCAUUAUACCUGUGAUGUGAGGACGUUGUUGGUGGCCACCGCUCCAGUAUGGGUGUCUCGGUGGUUACCCUCCUCUUGUCAGCAGUAGUGUCACUACUGGGUGGCCUUAUAUUUGGAUACGAGCUCGGGAUUAUCUCUGGGGCUCUACUUCAGCUGAAGAAUGACUUUCUCCUGACCUGUUUCCAGCAGGAGGUCCUGGUGAGUGCAAUCCUUGUGGGAGCCCUGGCGGCUUCCCUUGUAGGUGGCUUCCUGAUUGACCACUCUAGUCGCCGGACAUCCAUACUAGCCAGCAAUGUGGUGCUGCUGAGCGGCAGCAUCGUUCUAGUCUGUUCUGGAUCUUUCUGGUGGUUGGUGCUUGGCCGUGUCACAGUUGGUUUUGCCAUCUCCAUCUCUUCAAUGGCUUGCUGCAUCUACGUAUCUGAACUGGUCCAGCCUCACCAGCGUGGCAAGCUGGUAUCACUCUAUGAGACAGGCGUCACUGUGGGCAUUCUUAUCUCCUAUGGGAUGAACUACUUUUUAUCCAGCUGGCAAUACAUGUUCGGUUUUGCAAUUUCUCCAGCUUUUUUACAGUUUAUCAGCAUUUUGUUUCUUCCAUCCAAACAUUUGAAGGCGAAUCCCUCAGACCAAGAAUCCCACAGUGGACUAAUUCAGCUACAGGACUUUGAGGAAGUAGAAGAUUCAAAGAUGCCUUCUGCCAAAAAAGUCUACGCUUUCCUUGACCUCUUCAGCACUAAGGACAAUAUGAGGACCAGGACUCUGGUGGGGGUGGGACUGGUGCUCUUUCAGCAGUUGACCGGCCAGCCCAAUGUCCUGUACUAUGCCUCCACCAUUUUUCACUCGGUUGGGUUCCGGAAUAAUUCCUCAGCCGUUCUGGCCUCUGUGGGGCUCGGUGCAGUCAAGGUUCUCUCUACACUGGUGGCCAUGAGUUGUGCAGACAAGGCAGGCAGAAGAGUGUUACUUCUCACUGGCUGCAUCAUGAUGACUGUCUCUGUAACUGGCAUAGGAUGUGCAAGUUUUAUGGUCCAGUUGGAUCCUCACAAGAGCUGCCAGUCCCUGACUCAGGUCAAUGCAUCAUCUCUAUCAUUGAACUCCACCUUAAGACUGGAAUUUAUUGAUGACCGGACUCUGUCCUUUAAACCUCAUCUGAGGGACCCCAAGAUGGAGGUGCAGGCUUUAACUUCAGACGUAGACGUAAUGAGUAGUUACACAGCUGGAGUUACCAGUGCCGGCAAGGGGCGGAUAAAGCACACAGAUUCCGCAGUCACGGCUGGCCCCCUGCAAACUUAUGCUGUUUUGAAUUGGAUUACUCUUUUGAGUUUAAUGGCCUUUGUAAGUGCCUUUUCUGUUGGCUUUGGACCAAUGACCUGGCUGGUCCUCAGUGAGAUCUACCCCACUGAAAUCCGGGGCCGAGCCUUUGCCUUCUGUAACAGCUUAAACUGGGCCACCAACCUGCUGAUCACACUGUCCUUCCUGGAUGUCAUCGAGUCUAUUGGCCUGUCCUGGACCUUUCUGCUGUACGGCAUCAUGGGAGUCGCAGCCAUAAUAUUUAUUUAUAUGUUCAUUCCUGAAACCAAAGGACGGACAUUACUAGAGAUAGAUGAGCUGUUCCUGGAUAAAAGAUCCGUGUAUGCAGAGGACUUCUUCGAUUACGGUAGACUACUUCGAUGACCAGCUUUUUUUUGUUUGUUUGUUUGUUUGUUUUUUUACUUUUCAGGCUUCUUAGUGGAAGCUGUCUUAUAGACUGAAUCCAUUACUAGCACAAAAAACAAAACAGUACACCAUAAAGCGCACAUCCGAAUAAAUGUACAAAAAAAUAUAUUUUAUUAGAAAAUACACAAUACACUUACAAUAUGUCUAAUCAGACAACAAACAAACCCCCAUAAAAACAUUUAAAAAGGCAUAAACAUGCCCUCCCACAACAGAGGGAGCCCCUUGGACUCCUCCCAGGACUCCUUAAUCUAUAGUAAAGUUCUAACACCACCUCUGAAUAUAUCCAAAUAACACAAAUAUAUCCGUAUAUCUAUACAGUCUGCAUGUAUUAUCACAAAAACUCUGUCAAGUACAAAUAUAUAGUAUACAACCUGAUCCACAGAUAUGACAGACCAGAAACUGGGAAAUGCAAGAACCAGAGGUAGUGCAGUAAAAAAUCCUUGUACAGGUGUCCUCCUGAACCCCACGUGUUCUGUCACCUA